UUCAUUUGUUCAGGAACAGGAAUAGUUCCGUCUCAUCUUUCCUUGGGCCGCGCUGAAUGGCAUUUUGUCCCGUCCAUGGUUGGCUUCCCACAGGGUCGCAUCUGCAGGUUUGAGAGAGACGACCACCUAAAGUUAGCUGCUGUGCUGUACUGUACUGCAGUCGGUAUCUGUAUCUUUAGCCAGGGUGAGCGAGAAGCUGAACGGAGCUCAUCAACCGAGUUGGUAAGUUCGUCCGUCGACUCCGUCGUGAGUCGAAGGCCUUCCUUGUUCCCCAGGAGUCAGGCGUGACACAUAAAAAUAGCAACGGUAGUUGGACAAAGGUGGUGCUACAAUAGCUCCCCUGACUAGUCAGUUACUAGUCAUCUAGUCAGUCAUCGGUCCAUGGUCCUCGACCGGGUUGCACAGCGAUCCGAGUUCCUGAGAGCAGUUGCAUAGUGUUCAUAUACCUUAUCCGAGCUUGGACGCGC